GAGAGAGAGAGAGAGAGAGAGAGAGAGUGUCAUUUUGUGGGAGGCUGAGAAAAGAGAGGAACAGACACAUAGACACAUUUCCUAUUCCCAUUUUUCUUGUCAUCUUCUAAGACUAGUUGCUACAUCUCUCUAUCACGCACACACACAGACGCACAAAACACAUACACAAAUACACACACUGUUGGAGGAGGAGAGGAGAGUGUGAUUGGCAUGUGGGGACAACACACACUCACCUACACACACCUGGAGCUGAAGAGAAACACGGACGCCGUCUCCUGACUUAUGGAAACAGGCAUAGAGGUGACCGAGAGCGCACGACAGCACACACACACAUACACAGAUACAUACACACACUCACACCGACAGACAGAUGUGGUGGAAGCAGGAAGCACGCUGCAGCUGUUGGUGUGUGGUAGACUGAUUCAUCAAGACUGAGGUGGUGGGGUGCUCAUGGCUGCCCUAUGGGGCCUGGGCUGGCUGGGUGUGAGCCUCACCCUGUUGGCCCUCGCCCCAGUGUGCCAGAGCUGCCCGCCACGCUGUGACUGUGUGGCUCAGCUCCGCUCCGUGUCCUGCCAACGUAAGCGUCUGUCGGGUGUGCCUGAGGGCAUCCCAACAGAAACCCGGCUGCUGGACCUCAGCCGGAACCGGCUACGCUGGGUGUCACCAGGAGAUCUGUCUCCAUAUCCAAGGCUGGAAGAAGUGGAUCUCAGUGAGAACCUUAUCUCCACGCUGGAGCCCAAUGCCUUUGCCAGUCUGCAGGUGUUGCGAACACUGCAUCUUCGUGGAAACCAGUUGAAGCUGGUGCCUAUGGGUGCCUUUGCUCGCCUGUCGAACCUCACCACCCUGGACCUGAGUGAAAACAAGAUUGUCAUCCUGUUGGAUUAUACUUUUCAGGACCUGCACAGUCUAAAACACCUUGAGGUUGGUGACAAUGACUUGGUCUAUAUAUCUCAUAAAGCUUUCUCCGGAUUGGUAGGUCUUGAAGACUUAACCAUCGAAAGAUGCAACCUGACUUCAAUCUCUGGUCAAACCCUAUCCUACCUGCGCAACCUGGUCACCCUUCAAUUACGCCACCUCAGCAUUUCUACCAUCGAGGACCAAAAUUUCCGCAAGAUGUAUGCUUUGCGUGGUCUAGAGAUAGAUAAUUGGCCAUACCUGGAAUACAUAUCCCCCCUUAGUUUCCAGGGUCUCAACUUGACCUGGCUGUACAUUACUAACUCCAAUAUUACCACAGUCCCUUCUGCUUCUUUUCGCAACCUUGUUUACCUGACAUCCCUUAACCUCUCCUACAACCCCAUAUCUGUGCUGGAACCCUGGGCAUUCAAGGAUCUUAUAAGGCUGAAAGAACUGUACAUGGUCAGCACUAAUCUGCAAACUGUGGAGCCUCAUGCUCUGGGUGGGUUGAGACAAAUUCGGGUGUUGAACCUCUCCAACAAUGAUCUGGUCACACUAGAGGAGAGCUCCUUUCAUUCUGUCAACAGCCUUGAAACUUUACGGGUAGAUGGAAAUCCACUUUCUUGCGACUGCCGGCUUCUCUGGAUUCUACAACGCAGACGAACUCUGAACUUUGAUGGGAAAAUGCCAAUAUGUGCUGCUCCACCUGAGGUACAGGGUAAUAUUCUGAGUAGUUUUCCAGAUUCUGCAUUAUUUGACUACUUCACUUGUCAGAAGCCAAAGAUUCGCAACCGGAAGCUUCAACAAGUGACAGUGCGAGAGGGUCAGUUGGUAUCCUUCCUGUGCCGUGCUGAUGGGGAACCGGCACCUGCCAUCAUCUGGAUCUCACCCCAACGGAGAAAGAUCACCUCAAAAAGCAACAGCAGAAUCACUGUCUUACCAAGUGGGACCUUGGAGAUUCGAUAUGCACAGGUGACUGACAGUGGCACAUACAUUUGCAUCGCCAGUAAUGCAGGUGGCAAUGAUACAUACUUUGCCACUCUGACAGUGAAAGGACUACCAGUGGACCCUGCUCUGUUCGCCAACCGUUCUUUGUAUGCGGUGGACUUUAAUGACACUGGUCUGAACAGCACACGUGUCUUCCUUAAGUUCACACUUGACCUCACCACAAUCCUGGUGUCUACAGCCAUGGGCUGCAUCACCUUCCUGGGUGUAGUACUCUUCUGUUUCCUGCUGUUGUUCGUGUGGAGCCGCGGAAGGGGCCAACGCAAGAACAACUUCACAGUAGAGUACUCAUUCAGGAAGACAGAGGGGCCCACUACCAGUUCCACCUCUGGAGGGACCCGCAAGUUCAACAUGAAAAUGAUAUGAAACAACGCAGCCAGGGGCACCCUGGGGGAGGCAUAAACACCCAACAUAAACACACAGCUCUGACUCGCAGUAAUAUCAGAAGACAUUUAAGGGACUAAUCUGAAUAAAUUUACCUUGAUCUCACUGCCCUUUGAAAAGAUUUUAAUGCUUCAAUUAAGUCACCCUGAUUUGAUACGUUAAUAAGUUUCUUUUACCUUGCUUGUUUGGAUGGUUGGUUGCCAAUGUUUUAACAUAGCAUUGCUACUGCUAAUGUUAUUGUUAUGCAAAAUCUAAGCAGCACCUUAGAGCUAUAUGACCACCAACCAAUGUUACAGUUAAAAUCCAUCAAUGAAGUUAAUAUACAUUAUAGUGGUUCUAAGGAAAUUCCAUGCAAAUUGAAAUGCAAAUUUAAAAAAUACUGAAUGCACAAAGAGCAAUUGUUAUGUUUUUAAAUUAAACACCAGUCAUGCUACUGGCCAAACAAAAUGACUAAAGGCAUUUGAAUCAUGAGGUUCUGAACUACAAGCCUGGCUUUCUGUCAUGUCUGCGAUUAGGUGCUGUGUAAGUUGGGACAAGCACACUGGCCGCAACACUGUGAGUGCACUGCUGCUACCGCCAUACAGGUAUUCACUUAGCAGCAUUGUACUAUAGUGGAUGUAAGCUAACAUGCAGCCAGGACCUCAGGGUCUGGUUAGGAAGCCAAACCUUGGGUACUGGCUGCACUGUUAGUGGAUAUAUGAUGCCUAUACCAGGCUGGUGGAGGGAUGAUAUUGGGAUUUUUUCUCAUAUACUCUCCACCGCCUGGCCUAGGCACAAACCGAUGACCCAUAAGCCUUCAUGGGGGGAGGCUGCGGGCAUCGGGUCCGUUUGAUGUCAGACACUUGCUGUAAGUACAUAUCAACAAAUGUACACUUUUAAGCCAUUACCGAGCGACACCUGCACAAUACAGUUAUAGCUUUAUUUGUUUACAACACAUAGUACUAUGCAGGGGAGAAGCAAGACAUAUACAAACUUUCAUCAGCACACUUGAGUUUUCUUGUGUUUGCAUUUCAGGGAAUGGUAAAAUAAUAUGAGCAGAGCUUGAUUUAUUUUUCUAUUAAGCUACUGUAUAGACCUUUGUUUUAGGUAAAUGUCAUUCAUUAGUGAAUAUGUUAAUUGAGAAGAAUGUUGUGUUCAUGGUUAUUGCCUUAGCUUUACCAUGCACUUUCAAUUUAAUUAUGCUAAUUACUGUUGGGUUUUGUUUUGCAGGCACUAGCAGUAAUAGCAUAGUGCAAUAACAAAGAAAUUCUGGCUUACUGUCAUUUGCUUUUUAGACUUUGUAUAGGAUAAAUAAUGUAACAUAGGCAUGACUCUUUUUACUGUUAUAACGAAACAGUACUUUUUAAAGUUGGCACAUUGAAAAACUCAAAAUAAGAAAUCAGAUCCCUACAUAAGCAAUUUCAGAUUAUUGUAUAUACCAUCAUGACAAUAGGAACACAUUAAACACAUACACAUACAUAUAGAAGAAAGGGUGAUUAGUGAUGCUAUAAUCAUCACAUAUCACCAUAAUCCCUCUUUUUCUGACUUGUUUCUUUGGCGGCCAGUGUGCAAAAGUCUCUGCUUCUCCUACCCAGUCGUCAUCCCCCCAUUAAUCCCUGUUCCCGAACCCCGACUGGGUCUCAAUGAGAGAGGGGUCCCUGGCUGGAGACCAUGGAUGUAAAUGAAUAUCAUGACACCCAUCUAACCCAUGUGUAUUUGACUGUAGAAGGUAUUUCUUCCUUUAUGUCUUCAGUUUGUAUGUGUUUUUUUACUUUUUAUUCUUUUCAUUUUUAAUGCUUUGUUUUUAAUUACUGGUUAUUGUACAGAUGUUCAUGUUAAUGAUCUGAAGGAUGAUCUGUUCUCAAUACUACUAUGUUUUGUUUGUAGCUUUGGUGAGGUAAGAGGGUAAAAUAUAAAAAUCAAGCUCCAGGGUCCCUUAGUUAAAUCUUGAGUUUGGGUUAUUGUCUGUGUAGAUUCGCAUGCUCUAUAUGUCACUCCAGUUUCUCAGCUUUCGCCCCGACUCCCAUAAACAGGAGCCGGUAGGUGGAUUGGCUAUGCUACAUUGUCUCUGGUGGUGUGUGUUCUCCCUUCAGGGUUUAUUCCUGCUUAAUACCCAGUGUUAUUCAGGCUCCACCACCACCCUGAAAAAGAUAAAUCAAUUACUGAAAAGUAUUAAACAAACAAAUGAAUAAAUGAAUGACUAAACGAAUGAAAGUCUUCCAUUGGCCUCAGGCUCUUCUGCCAAAAGUCAUUUCAGCUGUGACACUGAAAUUAAUGACAGUCUACCUAAAAUGUGGUGUUGAGAACAGAUUAACAAACCAGAGCCAUGAGUAGAAUGCUUCUUCUAGGUAAACUUAUCACUCUU